AUGCGGAAACGAUUUGGCAGCGCGCUCCUGUGGUACUCUGUGCUUCACGCGCAAGUCCAGAAGAAGCUGCAGUCGGUUCUCGAAAUUGCUCGUGCGGAUGCUCGCGAGGCUCAGCGCAUCAAGAGUUCGACGAACGAACCUCGCCAAGGAACAUCCUCGGCUGCGUCUGGCGUCUCUCUCGCUGGUGACGCCACUACUGGCGACGCCUUACCGGAUCAGGCCCCGCCAGCCCCGGCUGGUGCAUCUCCCGCUAGCGAAGACCCCUUGGCACCCAGGCCUUCCGCGCAUCUCCAGGCAUGUUGCCCAAUCUGCUUUGGAUCGGCGCGACGCCUCAGUCAGUCAAGUCCGACAUCUCCCGAUUGUUUGGUGUCCAUUGACGCGUGCUUCUCGCAAAAGCACAACAAACAGCGGCGAGAUCCUAUCUUCCUUCACCCGGACGACUUUAUGAUCGACGAGGCGACAUUGACCAGUACGGCGGAGUGGGUAGAGGCGAUACGCGGCGACGGGGCUGCCUCUACGAACGUCAAGCGGCGACGAGGCGCUCAGGGAGGUGGUACCGUCACCUCCUCCAUUGACGAUCCACCGACACUACCUGCUGAGUCUCUCGAGCAGUGCAAGAGCAGCUUCAAGGCCGCCCAGUCUUCCAUCGCCAAGGCUAGUGUACGGCGACAUGAUGUGACAGCCGCGAUGGCACUCCUAUGCAGGCACGAUGUUCCACUCUUCUGGGCAAACAUGACCAGCGCCGGCGAGAAGCAGUAUUAUGUCGUGGCCUUGAUGGACGCCCUGACCCAGCAUCUGCCUUGCGAGUGGACGAUCGGAUUCCUCUACGACAUUGCUUGUCAGACGGAAGCCAGCGCAAUCAAGUGGGGGCUCUUCAAUGGGUACCUUCAUCGGAUUCAGUUCGCCGUGGCCGUCUUCCACGCGUACGGCCAUGAUUGGCUUUGCCAGAGCCUAUAUCAUCCCCGCAAGCGCAUCGGGUUCGGCCUUACCGACGGCGAGGGAUGUGAACGGUUCUGGUCGUCGAUUAGCAAACUAAUCUCAUAUCUGCGUGUUGCUGGGUUCCAUCUUCGUCUAUUCACCCUGAACGCGCAGAUGCUAUACUUGGCUGAGACUUCUAUACAAGAUGCCGGCGCUUGGCUGACGCGCAAGCGUACAUUGGUUCAGACCAAGCGCAAGGAGGCUAAGCGUCUGCUGGCCGAGUGCGGCCCACUGGCCGAUGACCUUGCUUUUGUCCGCCAGCAAUGGCGUGAGCAGCUCAUCGCUCAGACCAAGCCGACCAAAGGUUCUUCCCGUACCGCUGCCCGCAAAGAAAUCGAGGCAGUGUUAUCGCUGGAGCAAGAAGUCAAGAAAGCUGAGAAGGCGCUCGAGGCCGCCAAGAACGGCAGUGCGCAGAAGGGCAAGAAACCAGCACGGCCCCGGUCGAAGGAGGAUCGUGAGGCAGACGUCGAAGCCUCGCAAGCGGUCCUGCACGUCGCGCAGAGGAAGUACAAUCGCAAAGUCCAACAGUUAGGAGUAGACGUCCAGGGUCGAUUGAGUCGCCUGAAGAAGAACAAACUGCUGCAUAGCCGCGCCAAUUGUGUCGUUCUCUUGCGCCAUGCUCGCGACGCGGUCAUGUCCCGCCAGCUGGAAAUGGAAAGGGUGAACCGCUUUCAAAACAAUAAGAAUGGAGACAGUGUUUUGCGAAGGCAUGUGAGGACGGCGGUGGAUCGCCGUGCGGGCACCCUCAAGGGCAUAGUCAACCGGUACAAUAAGGCCUGUCGAGACCUUAACGCGCGCAUCGAUGACCAAAUCGCUCGAAGCGGUCAAUGCUCCGUCCGCCCUCUAAAGGAGCUCCCUGCAAAAGGGCUCUGGGAUCUCGACAUCGACAACGCUUGCUGGGACGAGCUGAGUCCGGUGGCGGAGCCACCUUCCAACUCUGCCGGGUCCUACGCCGAAGGAACUGACGAACGCCAUUCACUACGUACAUACGCCUUACGGACGCCCACCCAACGACAUUCCUGGGGUCAAAGUGCACAUGGCUACCACAUGUUCUAUGCGCUUGCGGUCGACUCAUGGCGAACGCGCGACGAACAUGCAUGCAAUAUCGCGCGCAUCUCGCGCAUCUUUGUCCUGGCCGCCAUGUCCCAAGAGCUUGGGCGAAUACUAGGGGCGAGAGUCACGCGGCGCGGGACGGUCUUCAGCAACUUCGUCCCUCUUCCUGAAAAUGUCGACUUGGAUGCGCUGAUGAGCGACGCAGCCGGACGCGACGAUGAAGAUGACGUGGAUGUAUUGCAGUCGGACUGCGAGGACGACUACAGUGGCUGGGAUGGGGAUUCUCCACCUGACGACGGUCGUUCCUCCCCGCUAACCCCCAUAUCCGACGACGACGACGACGGCGACGGCGGCGAAAACCAGUACGAGAUCGACGACGGCGGCGAUGAUCCAACACUGCCGCUGCCUCGCGCUCCCUUGCCGUGCACCGUGACUGGGAAAAAUUCGGCGCAGCGCAAAAGUAAGCGCCAGCGCAAGGAAAAGCGCCGGGCAGAAGGUGCCGCGGAUGGCGCCAACAAGCGUCGGCGGGAGGAGAAGGUUCUCGAUGCCGACGAAUACACGGCGUCCUGGGACCUGGACGAUGCGCCGACAACAAGCACAGCAUACACGGCGCUUCGAGACGCUGGUCGGUCAGGAAUUCCGGCAGUCUCAAAGCUGCAGGGGUAUAGCUAUCUCCAGUGGGACGGCAUGACUGGGACGAACGGCAGCGGGGUCUGGCGAUGGCUAUGGAACAGUCAGCAGCAACCGCCUUGUCAUUCUCUACUGCUGAAUGCGACCACCGCCGCGGCAAGUUCGCCCUCAAAUCCCAUGGCAUCUCACACGGAGGCGGUCAGAAGUCGCCUCGACCACUUCGACACCGCCCGGAGAAUCGGCAAGAGCUGGAUCGAUUGCUUGGCUUGCCGGCCAUGGUGCAAAUCGCACAUUUCUGCUCAUACGUGGGAGCCCCAAGAAUUCGAGUACUACGCGGACACAAUGGCCAAACUCUUCAAAUGGAAGCCCGCUCUCCGCAGCUACAAGAACUUCGCAAACAUCACCGCCCUUGGACAGUUCGACGCCGACCAGGGUGGCCAUCUUGUCAUCGUACCUCUCCGAUUGGUCAUCCGCUUCCCCGCAGGCUCGUCCAUCCUCAUUCCUUCCGCCAUUCUCGAGCACUUCAACCUUCCCAUCGGCAGCAACGAGCACCGCCAGACCAUCACCCAGUAUACAGGCGGCGCUAUCUUCCGUUUUGUCGAGAACGGGUGCCGGAAUAAUGACGCGUAUCUUGCGUCCUUGAGCAGGGAGGGGUUGGAGGAGGCGGUGAGGGCGAAUCGUGCUCGCGCGAAGGAGGGCAUGCUCCGGAUGUCGACUUUGACGGACCUUCGAGCGCGCUAUGCUCAGGAAGCACGGAGCGCCAUUCGCCUGCCCUUCCCGCGCUCCUCGCGGCUGCAGGAAACGUUCAUCAAACUCGAUGAAGAGGGCGUCGACGAAUUAGAGAACAUCGCUUGUGAGCUAUCGUCCAGAAGCACUGUUCGCGGCAACAGCGACGUAGACGGCUCGUUCCUAUGUCAUCUGGAGCUCAUCACCAUUCGGUUGAUGUACCAGCGCGACGGGCCUUUCCCUAUGGCCGAGGCGUGGAUGAACCUAGGGAACGAGUACAUAUUCCGCGAUCAAAUGCAGGAAGUGCAUAGCAAUGUCGCACGCGUCCGGGAGGUCUGCCAUGGGGUAUUUGCCCUGCAGUACCCCAACGUUGUCGCUAUGCCUGCUUCGUCGGUUUACACGUACGAGAUAAACGAUAUUGUAAUCGAUCUGGAGAUAGUAGGGAUCCCGGGGCCAUCGAGCCGCCAGCAACGGAGCAUCACCGUCAGUGGCGCGAGGUCUUUCUACGGGGUCAUCAUGGCGCACUACAGCGAUUUCCUGGCCAGCUGCAACGUCAACAUGGCCCGGAACGCCCUCUUCUACCGACAGAUCAAUGGGGCGUACCAACGCGUAAGCUGGUGGGACAUCCUGCCCAUCAGCCAUGGCAAAGUGCGCGCGGUCGUUUGUGGCGACAUGAAGUUUCUCCCAUCGCCUAGACCCGACGAUGACUUCGGGGUCACUGACUUCGACAUCGGCGACUUCGAUCUUGUUCCAACUGACAGGAGAAUCCGUCUGAACUUCUAUUUCAGGCGCGACAUGGGCCACCGCCUCUCAGAACAGCUGGCGGCGCCAUUGGUGGCCUGGAUCCGUAUUCGAGUAAUGGCCGGCGGAUGGGUGCUGCUGAAUACCAUCAGGACCAGACUCUUCAAGGGGGCGAACAUCACCUGGAACCCAACCUCUUGCGCUCUCCUGCGCGAGUACCCGGACAACUAUCGCAUAGACGACGUACCAGCAUGCUUCGAGGUGCAGUGGUCGGUCCCCAUACCCAUUGGGCCAUACGAGGAGGAGCUUACGAUCUACGCUGUUUGUCCGGCCUGCGUGCAGAUUGCGGGUGGUCAUACCAUGCGCUUCAGCGAGCAUUUGCCUCUGGAUCCGGAUAGCGAGGACGAGUCGGACGCCACCCUUCGGGAUGAACAAGAGGCUAUCGAGGAGCAGGAGGCCCAGAUGAUGGCGCAGAGGCAGAAGCUCAGGUCAAGGAGCAAGCCUGCGCCGCCGCCGGGCCCGGGCGACAAGACAGCCAAUGACUCCGCUGGCAAGAACAUUGCCCCUCGCGGAGCAGGCAAGACUGGCCCGAAAGCCCGCGGUGACAAGGCGCGAACGCGCUCGACGGCGAAGAACAAGAACUGGGGCCCAGCAUCCUCCCGACGCCAGCUCCAGAAGCCGUCCCCAUCACCCCCACCGCAGUCUUCCCCGCCUCCUCCUCCGGCACAUGUCGGUGGUCGCCGCCGUCGCCUUCCGGAAUCGGGCGACGAGGCAGACACUCAUAAGGAGCAAGGGGCGGAGGAGCCCGAGGCGCGUCACAUCCAGCGCAGCAGGGAAGACAGCCACCAGACCUCAACCACGCGCAAGGACGGUGAUAACCCUGGGGGUCCUGCAUAUGCUAGCCGAACCUCCAGGGCUUCACAAGUACAAGGGCGCAUGGUCUUCGACUGCGUCGAGAUUCCGGUCAUCAAUCGAACUCGCCAUCUAUCUACGCAGCUGGGACUUGCUCAUGUUGGAGUGCGUCCACCGCAUGUCCCGACAAACGCUCCCGCGGCCCCAGAGGCGUCUGGAGAGAAGCGAAAACGCGCGCCGUCGGUAGAGCAAUCCCCCACGUCCGCUAGCCCGCCUGUGUCGCCUAAGCGAACCCGCAAGAAAGCCAAGACCGGACGCAAGGACGCAGAUACGAAGCGCAAGGGCGCAGAUACGAAGCGCAAGGGCAAGGGCGGUCAGGCAAUCCAGAAGGUCGAUGGCAAAGGGCGGGCGAUUGCCAUCGGUGGAAUGGCUCAAGGCAGGCAACCCGGCGAUGUCGCAGCUCAAGCGCGAACCGAGUAUGGCGAUGCCUGGCUAGCGUUCAUGACGAAUGAGCGCCCCGAUCCCCCCACCGCGAGCCCAGAGGCCGCUUCUGCCAUGGUGCGGGAUAAGAAGCAGCCUAAAGCAACCAAGCUUCCGAGUGCAUCCCGCCCUCAAACCCCAAACAGCCAUGCUCCUGCGAGCGCCUUCGACUUUAGCCCUUCAACGCCGGAGCCAUCACCAUGCCCUCCCCCCCGCCGAGGCGGCCAUGCGAAAUCUAACACCGGGUCCGGUGAGGGCGCCUCAACCAGCCAGCCGCAUGCCCAUGUGUCAGCUUCUCGCACUCGUAGUUCAACGCCGACGGGAACGCGUAUGGGCACGAUCGUCAACCCCGUCGCCAUGCAGAAUGCGCCAACUCCUGCGAACACUUUCGCAACGCCCACACGUGCGACAGCGGCGCGCCCCAAGCGCAAGGGCACGACGGCCAAGCCUGCGUCCCGGCAGAACUUACCCGACGUCACCUCACUGUUCGACGACUGCGCAGAGGAGACGCCGCGAGCUGGUCCGUCCGCGAAGCCCACAAAAUCCGAUCGGGCAGACGAUUCAGCAGUGGACGAAGGCGACACACCAAGAGUUGCAUCGUCCAACGCGAAGGAUAACAAGAAGACCGGGGCAGUACCUGACGAUAUACGCCAAACCGCGGAGAAGCUGGGGAUGGAGUACUUGCAGCGGAUACUGGAUCUCGCACGAGAAGCCGGCAAGGAUCCCGAGGAGUUCUUCAAGCUGGUCGGCUGGAUGCAUAGCGAUCAUUAUGCGCCGCGCGAUGAGAAUAUGGCGAACAUGUUUGUGAAGGCUUACUCCGCCACAUAUGAAGGCGAUGAUCGGACGGAUCUUCGGGCGAAGGGGACCGCGGCGUAUCACGCUGAGAUCCAAAAGCUCACGGACAAGCUUGGACGACCUCCCACCCAGUUCGAAAAGGCCGAGCAUUUGCAAGCAGAGCUGCGCCAGGCCGCCGAUAUCGCGGCAAAGAAGCGCACGUCUGGCACAAAGGGCAAGCGCGUACGCACCAUGAAGAGCAUCGCAGGGAAGCUUACGCAGCAGGCUACGUCGCACCUCUUCCACGACGGCAUGACGGCCUUUGGUUGGGUGGUUGACACUCAUGCGCUUCAGGAACAUGCUGCUGGCGCGGUGAUGUUCGGUGCAGGAGAAGCAUUUGAGGCCCUCGUGCGCGAAUACGAUGGCAAUUUCCAUGAGAUGCUGGACAAGAUGACACGGGUCUUGAGGAGCUGUCAGUUCCAAGUCCGUUCGAAGUGGAUAGACAGCGGGUCGGCCGCGAUGUUGAUGGACGAGAGUGAAGACGCAGUCGCCUUCAAGCGUCGUGAUUGGAGCCCAGGUACUCAGGAGAACAACUGUGACGGCUACUGGCGCAUCGUUAAGGAGUGCCUUCGCGAGGACCUUGCGCGGGAGUCUGUCUUGAUCGGCGCCUCUGUCAACAAGAACGGCCAUCCGGGCGACCUACCGAAGCAGCUUCCGUAUCGUAAGCUCGCCGACAUACUCUACAGAUGGGAGCUCGAGCUUCGUGGAUGGCCUGAGGUAUUCAAGCGCUACGCCCCUGUCAUGCUGUCGAACGCGCCGAAGGAGGAUACACCGCCUCAGAAGCCGCUGGGCAAGGACUGGACGAGCACCGCAAGAGAUAUGUGGUUGUCGCGCAAGACAGCAGAGACCCGUAUACUCAACGACGGCUUGACUGGCGAUGACGCUCGCCAGGUCCUGCGCGAGUGCAACGCCCCCGCCAUCCUUCCAAUUCCCCAGGAAGUUCUUGAGGGAAAGGCGCUUGCGGACCUGGGCGCAACCCCAAUGGUGAUCUCGAGGGAAACGCUCGGCGCCCUCUUCACAUGGGAACAGCGCUCGGUCUGCUACCAACGGGACGUGCAGGACGGGACUGAUACCCGUGUGCAGUGGCAAGCUUGGAGGCAGAAGGGCAAAGGUCGGGCUGGCGAAUCUCGAUUGCAGAAGCUGUCUAGACGCAAUGGCAAGCCUGCAAGCCUGCCUAAGCCUCGGCGUCGCCAGGCACCCAAGUCAAAGGCCACAGUCGACGUAGAUAACGAUGUCGAGAUGGGUGCUGAUAUUGCUGGCGCCGAUGUCGACAUGGACGAGGACGAGGACGAGGAGGAGAAGGAUAAAGAAGAGGAUGAGGACGAGAAGGAUAAAGAAGAGGACGAGGAGGAGAAGGAUGAAGAAGAGGACGAGGACGAGAAGGAUGAAGAAGAGGAUGACGACGACGAGGGGAUGUUCUGGAUAGCUGAUGAUGUCAAGAGUAGAGACUCUAGCGAGGAAAGUGACGACUAG